AUGAUGCCUCGAUCGUCCUCGGCGGAGCCCGCCAAGUCGUCCAAGCGGAAGGGCACCCGCAGCGUCUCGACCCUGACGCCCUCACAGCUGGCGCGCAAGCGGGCCAACGACCGCGAGGCCCAGCGCGCCAUCCGAGCGCGCACCAAGGAGCACAUUGAGCGCCUGGAGCGCGAGCUCGACGAGUUCCGCUGCAACCAGAGCCGCGACAAGACGGUCCAGGAACUCCUGCGCCGCAACCGCGCCCUCGAGGACGAGGUGCGCCGCCUCAAGGACUCCAACUCCAUCACCUCGUCGCCAUACUCGGCUCCCGCAGUCUACGACGACAACCUCAGCGUCGCCAGCACCAUGCCCAGCCCGCAAAUGUCCCCCCUGCCCUCGGGCCCCGACUACGCCUCCCUCCCCGAAUACCCCCAGCAGCAGUACGUCUCCCUGCCCAAGAACUGCGAGUCGUGGGCCUCGAGCGUCGGCAGCCCCUGCUCCUCGGUCAACGACGCCGACUACUCGUCGACUCCCGCCUACAUCCCCACCAGCAUGCCCGCCUCCAUGAUGCACGGCACCAACAUGGGCUCCGCAAAGGACGUCAAGAUGGAGUUUGAAGACAUGCACUCCAUGGCCGCCCAAAACUACAUGCACCAGCAGCACCAGUCCCCCCACCAGCAGCACCAGCAGCGGCCCCAGGCCUGGAACAUGUAUCCCAUGUACUACGAGGCCGCCUCGCCCUCGCCUUGCGUCUCCCGAUAA